AUGGCUUCACGAUUCGUCGAACACUUUGAUAUUGACACGCCUCUACCGGAUACCGUAUUCGAGCAAGAACCCCAAUCACCAACACUUUCUACCGCGUCGAGCGCCUCUUCAUCAUCCUCGUCUUCUUCCUCAUCCACUGCCGCCGAUCACAACAAGAAUUUGACCGUAAAGUUAAAACGAUUCAUUGGCACCAUCCGCAAAAAGGACUCUUACCAACAACAACACCGAAAUCUUUCUGCCAUCUUUUCGUGA